UCUUUCCAACCUUUCUUUCGGACCAAAACAAACUAAAAAAAUUCUCCCCUCCUUUAGUUUUCUCUUCUUUGCAAACUAGCCUUUGGGGAUUUGAUAAUUUACAUGGAGGGGAUGAAGAAGAAGUGGAGUAAGUAUAUGGGUUUGAAGGGAUUGGGUAGGAGCCGAUCGGUGACCGGAGGAACGGCGGUCGGUAUGUCGAAAAAGAGCAAAUCUUGGAACAGUGGUUCGAAAUAUAAAACACCGGUGGCUCCGGACGGUUGUUUUGCGGUGUAUGUGGGAGCGGAACGGCAACGGUUUGUUGUGAGAACGGAAUUUGCGAACCAUCCCUUGUUUCAGAUGCUGCUAGAAGAUGCCGAGGUGGAAUAUGGGUAUAAUAGUCAAGGCCCUAUUUUGCUUCCUUGUGAAGUUGGGAUGUUUUAUAAUGUGUUGGCGGAGAUGGACGGCGGCGGCGAUGGGCUUAGCAGCCGUUGGACGGGUGGAGAAAGCGGUUGUAGCCCACUUCGGCUGACUAGUUGCGGUAGUAGAAAUGGCGUUGGGUAUAGGGUGUUGAGUCCGUCAUCGAUGCUUAAAUUAAAUGGACUUUGACUCGGCACAUAAUUUCACAAAUAUAUAUAUAUUUAUUUAUUUAUUUUUCUUAUAUAUAGGGUAAGAUUUCUUCUUUAAUUCGUGUGUAUUGAAAUUAGGAAGAAAUUUCUUAUCACAAAAGAAGAAUUAGAAAGAAAUUAAGACUAGAUGAUUUGCGGUUGUAAAUGGAUGGAGGUUUCCAAGACAUCAAAAACACACAAAAUUAGAGUUC